AUGAUCCAGCGCGAGUUGGAUGGCAUGUACUUCCGCUUCUCGACUGGGACGGGUGUCAACACCAUGAUCUCGCCCUCACUCGAGGGCCCGUGGGUGGAUGUGGGAGCUGCGCUACCGAACGGAUCAAAAAUUCAGCUGGACGGCGUCGACAGCAAGAACAUUUGGGCUCCGGAUCUGCACUACGCGGAUGGUAUCUACUACAUGUACUACGUGGUGUCUAAGCUCGGCACGCAGACCUCGGAAGUUGGCGUGGCCACCUCUAGGACCAUGGAGCCGGGGUCAUGGACCGACCACGGCGUGAUUGGCCUGCCUGCCAACAGCGCCUACAAUCGUAUUGACCCCAAUUGGAUCACCAUUGACGGGAAGCAAUACCUACAAUUCGGCUCCUACUGGAAGGACCUCUACCAGGUCGAGCUGGCUACGCCGCUGAAGGUCAGCGCUCAGACCCCGCACCACUUGGCCUACAACGCCAGUCUCAACCACCGUGAGGAGGCCUCGUUCAUGUUCCAGCACGGCAGUUACUACUAUCUCCUGUUUAGUGGCGGUGUUGCCGACUCGUACACGGCGACGUACCCAGCUGCAGGCGAGGAGUAUCGGAUCCAUAUGUGUCGCUCAAUGACUGGAAGGGAAGGCUUUGUUGACAAGUCUGGUACUUCCUGCCUGAACUCCGGCGGCACUAUCUUACUGGCGAGCCAUGACCAGGUCUACGCCCCCGGUGCCCAGGGUGUCCUCCAUGAUGAGGAUCUCGGCCUCGUCCUGUACUAUCAGUACUAUCCGCUCAAAAUAAAAGAGGCUGGCGGUGAUGGCGACGCCGGCUUCAAGUAUGGUUGGAACCAGCUAGGCUGGGAAGACGGCUGGCCGUACGUGAAGGCUACAUAA